CACAAACGUCAAAAUUGCAAAACAAAAACGAGGUGGCUGCUCUUACACAAUUUGCAUCAAAAAAUACGAAAAAUACCUACCAAAUUUAAUAAAUUUACGCAUUUAUAGAAGCAAAAUGUCUUCAAUCCGGAUGUUAACAUUAAGGCCAACCAACAGAUUAUUUCAAAGUUACCUGCAGCUUCCCCGGUUUUACGCUUCGCAAGCUAAAGACGCCACAGAUGAACCCGCAUCGACAUCUGCCACGGAAUCCGAUCUGCCGGUUACCUUCGUUGAGGAUGAAGACCUACUUGCAGCUCGCGAGGCGCAAAUCGAGCAGAUUCGAAACAAGUCGCGCCUCUUGCCACAGCAUCGAAACAUGUUGAACAACUUGCUGCCAUACGAGGAGUCCCAGUCGUGGAUCCAUGAAACGGUGAAGUACAAGCGCAUGAUGUUGGGCCGGUAUGGACUGGAUGCAAGCAGAGUUGACCCACGAAUCUGCUUUCCUACUCAACGGGAAGCCUUUGAGAAAACCGAAUACGAACGUGUUGCUUAUCCAAAAACCCUUAAAGAAAUGAUGAAGGAGAAUAAGAAAACUAAACAAGAGAAGGCGGAUCGCAUCCGGAUCCGCGAAGAGGAAGUAACCAAAAAGAUGGAAAAGCUGGAUCAAUGGGUGGCAGAUUUGAAUAAAAGAAUCGCGACAAAAGAAGCAGAAGCACGCGCCGCCAAGGAACGGAAAGAUCGUUUGGUAGAAGAAGUGCGUCGGCACUUCGGAUUCCGCAUAGAUCCACGGGACGAACGAUUCCAGGAAAUGUUGGCCCAGAAGGAGAAGGAAGACCGUAAAAAGGUCAGAGAAGCCAAGAGGAAGGAAAAGGAAGUUAAGAUGUUGGACAAGUUGAAGAAAAAAACCGCCGAUUUGGAAAACGAAGAAUCGAAAGAUGCCACCACGGGGAAAGAGGAAGUUGAUAAAAAGUAAGAAAUGUGUAGCGAUCUAGACUUUAUUUCAUAGUAAGAGAAAUGCUACUGUAAUAAAUUAAAACAUGAAA